CACACCAUUCGGUGUUUACAUCUAUAUUACUAAGUUUCUUGCUACCCUAUAUUUUUAUUUUUUUGUCUCCACUGUCUCGUCAUCCAUCGAAGUAGGGAUCGUCGUUCACGUCUUUGUCACCAGCGACCAUCUGAGGGCAAUCCCAUCGGUUACGAGCAAAUCGAUUCAAUCUCUGAGUAUACUCGAUCGUUUACUUAUGAGUUGUUGAAUUUUGAUUUUGAUUGCUUUAUCUCCAAGAAGAAUUAGGCAUUUGUCUGUUCUAUUUUAGUUGAUGGAUACAAGCAAUUUGAGGUUUCAGCUGCAAGCAGCUUCAAGGCGAAGGAUGGUGAACAGGAUAAUGGUUACCUUGAAGAGGCAUCUGCCUUUCUCUGGACAGGAAGGACAAGAGGAACUUAAUAAAAUAGCAGUGAGAUUUGAAGAGAAGAUGUAUAAUGCUGCAACAAGCCCGGUUGAUUAUUUACAGAAGAUAUCAUUGAAGAUUCAGAGAAUGGAACGUAGGGUUCCCAUUCCAGCUGCACAAGCACAGGGUCAUUGGAAUUGACUAAUUUGUAAAUUUGUUGGAUAAUUCAGUACGAAUAAUCAACAACUUUAAACUCUUUUAGUUUUCUGUGGUUAUUGCUUAGUUGUCAAACAAUUUAAUUGUUGUCUGUGUUAGAUUCAAAGAUGUGACGAACUCUAUGGAAUUUAAAUUUAAAUUUUGAUUA